AGGUGGUUUAUCUCUAUGCUGCAUCGUGAGAAUGCCCUUUGCAAAACCAGCCGCCGCCAGAGUUUUGCCAGGAGAGGAGGAGCUGCAGGAAGGAGGCCAGAAUUCAAGCUCCUUGGCUUUCAAUACUCCACAUCCCAGCUGUUCGCCUUUGGCCUUUUUCGAACCAGAUGCAGAGCACAGAUUAAAGAUGGCAGAGGGAAGUGCUGAAACACAAAGGGGGCACAAGAUCAGGAACAGUGGAGGAUUCUGGGAAAGAACCAUGCAGAAGACUGCGGGCAACGACAACACCAGCUCAGGCGCUGAGUGUCAGCGCUUCAGGCAGUUUGGCUACCAAGAGGCCGGGGCCCCCCGAGAGGUUUGCAGCCGACUCCACAGUCUCUGCCGUCGGUGGCUGAAGCCGGAAAGACACACCAAGGCCCAGAUGCUGGACCUGGUGGUUCUGGAGCAGUUCCUGGCUGUCCUCCCCCCGGAGAUGGAGAGCUGGGUCAGGGAGUGCGGAGUGGAGACCAGCUCCCAGGCGGUGGCCCUGGCAGAAGGCUUCCUCCUGAGCCAGGCAGAGGGGAAGAAGCGGAAACAGGUGGAAGAAAUGGUGGCAGACCCAGCUACCAACUUCGCAGAGGCAGAGGCAGCCCCUUCGGCCACAAAACCGAGGCCGCCUUACAGGUGGAUCGUGCAGGAGGGCAGUGGAGGUGCCACCUUGCUGGGAAGUGGCACAACCCUGGCAAUUUCUCCCGCGGCUGGUGGAGGGGAAGGAGCUGCUGUUCUUUCAAAUAAGGCUCCGGUGAGCUUUGAGGAGGUGGGUGUCUACUUCACAGAGGAGGAGUGGGACCUGCUGGAUCCGGGCCAGAGAGCUUUGCACGGGGAAGUCAUGGAGGAGAACUGGGGGAACCUGGAGUCUGUUGCAGGUGCUGAAUGGGAGAGUGAGGCUGAGGGUGAACCACACAGCAUGUCUUUGGAAGCAGCUGGGUGUAUAGACGGGAAAGCUCAGAGAAGGCAAAUGGAACCGGAAGAGAAGGACAAUUCCUUCACUUCUCAGUGUAGUGACUUGUGUGAAAUCCUAGCCGAAGACCAAGAGAGGAGAAGUAUUCAGUGCAGUUUGUGCGAGGAAAGCUUUAGUUGUGAAUCAAGCCUUAAUGCUCACAUGAUAAUCCACAUGGAGGAGAAAGCAUAUAAAUGCCCAGUCUGUGAGAAGAGCUUCAGCUGUAGUGCACAUGUUAGUGAACAUCUGACAGUCCACAUAGCAGAGAAGCCCUAUCAGUGCUGGGACUGUGGACAGAGCUUCCAGCACAGCACGAGUUUUACACGGCACUUGACGAUCCACACUGGGGUGAAACCGUAUAACUGCUCCGAGUGUGGAAAGAGCUUCCGCCUGAGGGCGUACCUUACUUCACACCAGAAACUCCAUACGGGGGAUAGACCAUAUGACUGCUCAAAGUGUGGGAAGAGUUUUGUUAGCAGUGCACACCUUCGGUCGCACCAGAGAAUCCACACCGAGGAAAAAACGUACAAAUGUUUGGAGUGCGGAAAGAGCUUCAGGCAGCGGAUACACCUUAGCUCACAUCAGAUAAUCCACACAGGGGAGAAGCCGCAUAAAUGCUCCGAGUGUGGGAAGUGCUUCACUCACUGCAAAAGCCUCACACGGCAUCUGCUCACAAUCCAUACAGGCGAGAAGCCGUACAAAUGCUCCGAGUGUGGAAAGAGCUUCAACCACAGCAUGAACCUUAAGUUGCAUCAGAGAAUCCAUACAGGGGAGAAGCCGUACGAGUGCUUGGAGUGCGGGAAGAGCUUCAGCUGGAGGACCUCUUUUACUUCGCAUCAAAAGAUCCACAUGGGGAUGAAGCCGUAUAAGUGCUCCGAAUGUGGAAGGAGCUUCCGUAACCACAUCAGCUGCGUGCGUCAUCAAAGUGUGCACACUGGAGAGAAGCCGUACACGUGCUCGGAGUGUGGGAAGAGCUUCAGUCACAACUCUAGCCUUACCGAACAUCAGAAAAUCCACACAGGGGUGAGGCCGUAUAUAUGCUCAGAGUGUGGAAAGACUUUCAUCCGGAGACUACACCUUACCAGCCAUCAAAGAACCCAUACAGGAGAGAAACCAUAUAAAUGUUCGGAAUGCGGGAAGCGGUUCAGCCAGAGCUCGAGCCUUAACGUACACCGAAGAAUCCACACGGGGGAGAAACCAUAUACGUGCUCGGUGUGCGGGAAGAGCUGCAGCCAGAGGUCAAACCUUAAUGUACAUGAAAGAAUUCACAAAGGGGUGAUUCCUGUCAAUUCUGCCGAUGCCUGUAAUGUGGAAAUAAUUUCAGUUACAGAACAGGCCUUCAAAGUAGAGGAUCCAUACAUCGGCUAUGGAAUCUAAAUGACUCAAGAGCUUAUCUGUCUAAUCAAAUACACAAUCCUUGAGAGGAAACACAGAGAAACUGUAUAAAUGCUCACAAUAUGACAAAUUGUAUGUUGGCUCCCCAACAUUGCUAAUGAGAGGAUGACUAUGGGGAGCAAGCAUCUACAGGAGCCAACAUCUCUCAUGUCAUACCCCGAUUAAAGGCUCCUCUGGCCACCUGGGCAGAAUAAACUUUCCUAUUUCUUCCAAGUGACCACCUGAGUCCCCUUUACCAUGGAGAAAGAUCCCUCUGUUCAUCUGCAGUUGCGAAGAUGGUUCCUAUACUGCCCUGUGCCAUUUUGAUCUGACAACUUCAUGCCAUUGUGACAUUUCUUUUCUGAGAAGGUAGAAGCUUCAGGCGCUGAGCUCCAGGCUCUCUUUAUCUUUGUAGGAAGGAGGUUAUGGAGAUUGAUUUUAUACGGUUUUAAUGUUUAUUAUUAUUAUUUCGUUAUUAGUUUGAUUUUAUAUCUGAUGUAGCCUGUCCCAAGAUCCCUUAAAUUAGGGGUGGGAACCUCAGGUCCAAGAGCUGAAAGCACUCUGUCCGGCCUGCAGGAAACUCCCUCAGCCCAUGCUCCUGUUUCACACUCUUCCUUGAGUGUUUUUGCCACACUUGGGUGUGUCC